AUGGUUGCCUCCGCCGACUUCUCCCUCUUCGCCCUCUUCACGGCCGGCCUCGCUGCCCUUGUCCGCGCUGACGAUGGCCCCACCGCCAACGCUGUCCGCCUGCCCGGUCUCGGUGAUAUCGUUCCCGCUGGCGAGCGCUACGACAUCAAGUGGGAUGCCGCCACGCCCUACGCCGGUGGCACCGUCACCCUCAUCCUGCUGAAGGGCCCCUCCACCAACGCCGUUCCCAUCCAGACCAUUGUCGCUGGCACUGAGAACGACGGCUCCUACGAGUGGUACCCCUCGGCCGACCUCGAGGACUCCAACGGCGACACCGGCUACGGCAUCAAGCUCGUCAUCGACGCCAACGGUGCCUACCAGUACACCACCCAGUUCGGUAUCUCCAACACCAAGGCCGCCUCCUCGUCGGCCGCCGUCUCGUCGGCUGCUGCCUCUUCCGCCGCCUCGGUCAAGGUCGAGUCUGCUGCUGCCUCUACCGCCGCUGCCUCCAGCGCCGCUGCCUCCAGCGCCGCUGCCUCGGUCGUCACCCCCACUGCCUCUGGCAACGCUUCUUACGUCACUGAGAUCGUCACUGCCUACACCACCUUCUGCCCGUACGCCACCGAGCUCACCCACAACGGCAAGACCUACACCGUGACCGAGCCCACCACCCUGACCAUCACCGACUGCCCCGGCGGCUGCACCGUCACCAAGCCCGUCUACACCUCGGCCGUGACUGUCUGCAAGACCUGCUCCGCUUCCUCGGUCACCGCUGCCGUCCCCACCACCUCGUCGGUCCAGGGCGUCGUUGGCAACCCCAACCCCCCCUACGGCACCAUGUCCAACACCACCGUCUCCUACAGCAAGCCCGCCCUCGGCUCCUCCACCACCAAGGGCGUUUCCACCCCCGCCUCCACCCCCAGCAACCCUCUCUACACCGGCGCUGCCGGUGUCCUCAAGGCCAGCGGUGUCUUCGGCGCCGCCGCCGCCAUGGGCGCUGCUUUCUUCGCUCUCUAA